AUGGAGGUAUCCACACCUGGGAGGCUCUCGCCAAUUCCUGAGCUGGAUCACUGGGAGAGAGAAGCAGAAACAGGCUCUACAGAAUUCACGUACUCCUUAUGCUCAGUGGACAGGUACAGCACUGCCUCCUCCUCCAGCAGCUCCCUAUCUGACUCCCAGGAGAGAGGAGAGCUCUGUGCCGGGAUUGUGCUGAAUUGUCUCUUCUGCCGAUUCUACGACUUGUUCCUUAUGCUUCCUGAAACAUGCGAGCAAGCUGCUAACUCCAUCUGCCCUGCCUACAUGCUUUUCUCACCACCCGCGGAACCUGCGCACAAUAACAGCUGGAACUGCAGUUGUGAUUUAGACUGUGGCCUUAUGGACGCCUGCCAUGAAACAGGGGAAUGUCUUGAACUAGCGAUGGAAAUUUCUGAGGUUUGCUAUCACUGAGGUGCCUGCAAAACUGAAGAUGUUGCUUUGUUGGGAGAAUCACUUUGGGAUAAAAAAGUUGGUAUUUUCAUCC